AAGCCAACGACAAGUAUGUUAAAUGAAAAAUUUAAGAAGAGCAAAGAGGCAUACAAGUUGAAGCCCCGUGGCAUCCGACGUGGUACGCGAGCUGACUUCCUUCACAACGGCAGCUUUCAUGAGGCAGUUGGACCGGUUUUGGUGAUUGCUCAGUACUUUGCUCUGAUGCCAGUUCGUGGAAUACUCGCCUCUACCCCCAAAGGAUUAUCGUUUAGCUGGAUAAGCUUUCGCACCUGCUAUUGCUUAGUAUAUACACUGCUAACUUGCGCUUCUACCGGUCUUACUCUGAAUAUGACCCUAAGAGGUGCUUUGGAUGUAAACAGCAUAUCACCAUUGGUAUUUAAUAUAAAUGCAGUCCUAGCUUCAGUCGGCUUUCUAUGUUUGGCUGGGAAAUGGCCGCAGUUGAUGCGAAAAUGGCAGCGGGUGGAACGGCAGAUGCCGCCUUCUCAGUCAUGGCGUGAACGUGAGGCGUUGUCGGUGCGUGUACAUAAGGUGACCUUUGUACUGAUCGCAUUAUCGCUGACUGAGCAUUUAUUGAGUACCAUUUCCGCGAUUCAUUAUGCAGUUCAUUGCUCCGCACCGGGCGAAGCCGUUGUAUCUUACUUCACAUCGGUUUCUUCACACAUAUUUUUUGUGUUCGAUUAUGCUACUUGGUUGGCUUGGUUCGGAAAGAUAUUGAAUGUGUUCAUGACUUUCGGUUGGAGUUACAUGGACGUUUUUCUAAUGAUAAUUGGCAUAGGACUGUCGUCUUUGUUCGGACGAGUGCAGAGCAGUUUGGAGCGUGUCAGGGGACAGAUAAUGCCCGAAGCUUUUUGGACGCGCACACGCUUACAAUAUCGCCUUAUUUGCGAUCUAAUAUAUCAAGUAGACUCUGUUGUAUCCGGUAUAACAAUGCUGUCGUUCGCUAAUAAUCUAUUCUUCGUUUGUAUCCAGUUGCUAAGGAGUAUAAAUAAAAUGGCAUCUGCAUCUCAUUUUAUCUAUUUCUGCUAUUCGCUGGGUUUUCUCUUAGGCCGUACCUUGGCUGUCUCGCUAUAUCUUUCCGAGGUCAACGAGCGCGCACGUGAGCCACUAGGCAUUAUCAAAGAAGUACCGAAGGAAGGUUAUUAUGAAGAGGUGGAUCGGUUUGGGCAUGAGAUAGCGGUUGAUACCGUGGCACUAACCGGAUUGCAAUACUUCAAUGUAACACGUGGACUGGUGUUGACUGUAGCCGGCACCAUAAUUACUUACGAACUUGUGCUUAUUCAGUUUCAAAAAGAAGACAAUUUAUGGAAAUGUAGUUGA